GUUUAACGGUCUUUUCUCAGGCAACACAGCAUAAUCGAGGCCCAAGAUAUAUUCAACUGAUGAUGAGCCGUUAGUGAAGUGACACAAAACAGUGUAGACUCCGAGAGCCAUGGCGCCGCAAAUGUUGUCCGCCGCCUCCAAGUUGACGUUCAAGGUGCAUCGACGGCAGCCGGAGCUGGUUUCACCGGCGACGCCAACACCACGUGAGAUCAAACUGCUUUCCCACAUGGACGACCAACAAGGAGUACUUAGAUUCCAUGUCCGUCUCAUCUUUUUCUACAAAUAUGAAGAUGAUAAUAGCAAUGGUGGCAAGAACCGUGAUCCGGUUGAAGUGAUUCGCAAAGCACUGGCUGAAACGCUCGUUUACUAUUACCCAUUUGCCGGUCGCCUCCGGGAAGGGUCCGACCAGAAACUGGUGGUCGACUGCAACGGUGAAGGCGUCAUGUUCAUCGAGGCUGAUGCUGAUGUGGCUCUUGAUGAGUUCGGAGAUGAUCUUCUUCCUCCUUUCCCCUGUUUCGAGGAUCUUCUCUUUGAAGUGGAGGGUUCUAGUGGCAUACUCAACUCUCCCUUGCUUCUCAUCCAGGUCACACGUCUGAAAUGUGACGGCUUUAUCCUCGCCCUUCGCCACAACCACGCCAUGGCGGACGCUGCCGGAUUAACUCUCUUCUUGACCACACUCAGCGAGCUGGCGCGUGGUGAUCACGCUCCAUCCAUCCAUCCUGUCUGGUAUCGUCACCUGCUCAACCCCAGGGUUCCGGCGCGUGUUACCCGCGCCCACGAGUAUGAUGCAACAGAACCAGCGGCUGAGGCCGAGACUUUCGCAUGCAAUGACAAUGUCCAGCGCUCUUUCUUCUUCGGCCAGUCCGAUAUCUCCGCCUUGCAUCGACUCCUCCAUCCCCAUCAACGUGAACGAGUCACACAUUUCGAAACCCUAACAUCUUUCAUAUGGCGAUGUCGUACCGCCGCUCUAAAGCUCGACCCUAACACGGAAAUGCGAUUGAAGUUCAUAGUGAACGCUCGUCCUAAACUCAAGAACCCGCCUCUGCCGCCUGGAUACUACGGAAACGCAAUCGUGACUCCCGUAGCGAUCUCCACUGCAAACGAACUGACAGAGCGUCCUCUCGAUUUCACCCUACGGCUCGUGCGGGAGGCGAGAUUGAGCGUUACAGAAGAUUUCUUCCGGUCUUUGGCGGAUUUCUUGGCUACGAAUGAUCAGCCGCUCUAUGAAGCGGCCACACUCCUCGUGGUAUCGGAUGUCAGACGCAGUGGGCUAGAAAACGUGGAUUUUGGGUUUGGAAAGCCGCUGUAUGGCGGCUUGGCCGAGGCCAGGGCCGGGGAUUUUCAAGGAUUGAUCUUUUACGCAACACAUAAGAACACAAAGGGUGAGACCGGAACCGUAGUUCUCAUCUGUUUGCCGGCGCCGGCAAUGGAGAGGUUCGAGAAGGAGGUGAAGGAUGUGUUGAGUGGGGGCAAUUGCAAAAAUGACUUUAAAUAUCAUUUUUACUUCACGGCAUGA